AACAUUUGAUCAUUAUCAUGACUCACUUGUUUCUAUCUUCCAAUUUCUCUUUCCUUCUUCAAACAUUCUAAAUUCAUCAUUCCAAUCUUCAUCCCAACCCCACACUUACCGAUUUUUCCGAUUCAACGAAGCAAAUAUGUGGCCAAAAGGAGAUGAAGAAGCCGAUAUCGAUCGCCUGCCUGUCGAUUUAUUGGCGCAUGUAUUCUCUCUCCUCACUUCCUUCAAAGAUCUGGCUCAGAGCAGCGGCGUGUGCAGGAAAUGGAGACAGGGGGUGAAGGAAUCCCUGGCUCGGAAGGAAUCGUUGAGUUUCUCCGGCUGGAAAACGGAUGACGACUCCACCACUCGCCUCGUUCAGCUGGCCUAUAGCCUCAAGGACCUCGACAUAUCAAGGAGCCGAUGGGGCUGCCAAAUUACUGAUCACGGGCUGAAGCAGUUAUCCACGGCGAAAUGUAUUGGCAAUCUCUCUUCGAUUUCUCUGUGGGGUUCGACAGGAAUCACAGACAUAGGAGUUGUGCAAAUGAUUUCUAGAGCAACUUCACUGCAUCACCUGAACAUUGGUGGUACGUUUAUCACAGACGUGUCCCUUUUCGCCAUUGCAGAUAGCUGUCCUCAUCUCAAGACUAUCAUCUUGUGGGGUUGUCGUCAUGUAACUGAGGACGGGCUUCUAGCUCUUGUCAAUAAGUGCCGUAAACUUGAGUCCAUAAACGUGUGGGGAAUGAGGGUUCCUUUAGACUGCUUCAUCGGCCUACUUACUAUCAGCCCGGCCCUUCAAAUACAGCCUAAAGGGAUAGCGAUACAUGACGAAACACUUCAUGCUUGGCCUGUCUAUUGAUGAUUACAUACAACUGCAUUCUGCUUCUCAAACUCCAUUAAUGGUGAAAUAUCUCUGGAUUUAUUGAUAUGAAUAAAAAAACAUGAUUCUUCCUUCAAUUGAUGAAGAAAAGAUUGCUUGUAUCUAUCUUUGUAUGUAUCGAUUGCUUUUGUUAUAUGUUAUUUGUGAUUUGCUUUGUGAAAUGUCAUUAAAUUGUAAAGAACUUUGAAACUUGUAUAGUAUUCAAUUCAUCGCA